CACACGUCCACCUAACCCACUCAACUACCACCUGUAUAAAACCUCCCUCCUACGUACCAACACAUCAUUUAACUCAUUCCGGCACCACCAACCAACCACCAUGGAUCUCCUCCUUAUAGAAAAAACUCUCUUAGCACUCUUUGCCGCCAUUAUAGGCGCCAUUGUCAUAUCCAAAUUACGCGGCAAGCGUUUCAAGCUCCCCCCGGGACCUCUUCCGGUUCCAAUUUUCGGCAACUGGCUCCAAGUCGGCGAUGAUCUUAACCACCGUAACUUAACUGAUCUCGCCAAAAAGUUCGGCGAGAUCUUCCUCCUCCGCAUGGGCCAACGCAACCUCGUCGUCGUCUCCUCGCCGGAUCUCGCCAAGGAAGUCCUCCACACCCAAGGAGUGGAGUUCGGAUCACGAACACGUAACGUGGUGUUCGAUAUCUUCACCGGAAAAGGACAGGACAUGGUGUUCACCGUAUACGGCGAGCAUUGGCGGAAGAUGCGGCGGAUCAUGACAGUGCCGUUUUUCACCAACAAAGUUGUCCAGCAGUACCGGUACGGAUGGGAGGCGGAAGCGGCAGCGGUUGUGGAGGAUGUGAAGAAGAAUCCGGCAGCGGCGACGGAGGGUGUGGUGAUUAGGAGACGGUUGCAGUUGAUGAUGUAUAACAAUAUGUUUAGGAUUAUGUUUGAUAGGAGGUUUGAGAGUGAGGAUGAUCCGUUGUUUGUGAAGUUGAAGGCGUUGAAUGGCGAAAGGAGUCGAUUGGCGCAGAGUUUUGAGUAUAAUUAUGGGGAUUUUAUUCCGAUUUUGAGGCCGUUUUUGAAAGGUUAUUUGAAGCUUUGUAAGGAGGUGAAGGAGAAGAGGUUUCAGUUGUUCAAGGACUAUUUUGUUGAUGAAAGGAAGAAGUUGGAGAGCACAAAAAGCGUGGAUAACAACCAACUGAAAUGCGCAAUUGAUCAUAUACUGGACGCAAAGGAGAAAGGAGAGAUCAAUGAAGACAAUGUUCUUUAUAUCGUUGAGAACAUCAAUGUUGCCGCAAUUGAGACAACCCUAUGGUCUAUCGAAUGGGGAAUUGCCGAGCUGGUGAACCACCCUGAGAUCCAAGCCAAACUCAGGAACGAGCUUGACACAAAGCUCGGACCAGGAGUACAAGUCACCGAGCCAGACCUCCACAAGCUUCCCUACCUCCAAGCCGUGAUCAAGGAAACCCUUCGUCUCCGAAUGGCUAUCCCUCUCCUGGUCCCACACAUGAACCUACAUGAUGCCAAGCUUGGCGGUUAUGACAUUCCAGCCGAGAGCAAAAUCUUGGUCAACGCCUGGUGGCUAGCCAACAAUCCCGAGCAAUGGAAGAAACCAGAGGAGUUUAGACCCGAGAGGUUCUUUGAAGAGGAAAGCAAAGUGGAGGCUAAUGGGAAUGAUUUCAGGUAUCUGCCUUUUGGUGUGGGGAGGAGGAGCUGCCCCGGGAUUAUUCUCGCACUGCCGAUCCUCGGGAUCACCAUUGGGCGGCUGGUGCAGAACUUCGAGCUGUUACCGCCCCCAGGACAGGCAAAGGUUGAUACGACUGAGAAAGGUGGACAGUUUAGUUUGCAUAUCUUGAAGCAUUCCACAAUUGUUGCUAAACCAAGAGCAUUGUAAGAAUUAUGUUGUACGUUUUGGGUGGUUGUUGAUGUAACGUUGAAGAUAUGAUGAUUGUAUUUUAAUGUUUGUUUCUUUGAAAGUUAUUUCACAUUACAUAUAUAAAACAUCAAAUGAUUGAGAGUUUAAAGCUGUAAA